AUGAACUCCGACUACAAGGUGCUUGCCUUAUGCCUCGCCAAUCACCUUCAACGCGUGCUUCCGCACAUUAUUCACCCAUCCCAGACUGCCUUUAUUAAACGUCGUAAAAUCGGCGACACUAUCAACGAUACUCUUGAUAUUAUGGAUUGGGCUUCGUACUCCCGCACCCCCCUCCUCGCUCUCACUGUCGACUUUCGUAAAGCAUACGAUCUCGUUGACCGAGAUUUUCUCCUGCAGUCUCUUUCCCACCUGGGCCUGCCCUCACCAUUUGUCCACUGGGUGCGCCUCAUGCAUUCCGGCACCUCCACUUGCUUUGCCGUCAACAACCUUGCGGGCCCGCUCUUUCCCGUCCACACUGGUGUUCGCCAGGGCUGCCCACUGGCUCCCCUCCUCUUUGUCUGUGUCAUUGAGAUUUUCCAUCGAUCCGCGCCCUCUCCAUCCAACGCGCGCUACGACGAUUCGGGGUGUCCCCCUCUGAGGAAUGUCGUCGCCCUCCCCUUCGGCACCCAUGCUUUCCUUUCCCACCCAGCAAUUCUUCAUCCUAAGGUUCUGUCCCCGUCUAUCCCCCAACGUGCUCUCGCAGAACUCCGCGCCUUUUUGUCUAUGUCACCCACUGUCCUACCCCCUCGAAUGUCACCUCUCUGCCUGCUUGCCGAACCCACAGCCUUCAAUCGCUUCAUCCUUAAACCCAACGGAAAGCCCUUCGGCCUUAUCCGCCGUGAAAAGUUCCUACUUACACAGCAGGUCCGCCUUGGCGACAUUUGCAAUGCCACGAUCAAUGGCUUGGAACCCAUCCCUCCGGAAGUCUUCUCUGUCAAGUUCCCACCCUCCCGUUUUCAAUCUGGUCGUCGUGUCCUACGCGAACUCGUUGCGGCUAUCCCCCCUUCUUGGUCGUCAGCGCUCCGUGCCCCCACCAGUGCUGCGGCAUCGCCUGGGGAUUGGCUCAUCCUUUCUCAGGAACUCCACUCCAACCCUACCCUUGCAUUGCAGGUCUCCUCCUUCACCCCGCCGCACACUCUCUCUGUGACCUUCUUCCGGAUCCUUCCACACAGUCUCAUCGAUCGGACCCCCAUCGGCUCCGGCAUUGUUCACAUUAAGAACGUUGCGGCCAUGCAUACCCUGGAUCGCUGGGUGGCAGGGCCGUUCCAUACAGGUGCAGGGCUAGGCGCGCGCUUGGAGCUUCUUCACGACGGCUUCCCAGAUCUCGCAUCCAUCCGUCGUCUUCUCUACUCGCAGCAGCAGCUGGACCACGAGCUUCGUUGGACACGCGCACUCACAUCCUCUCCUCCUUUUUUUCCUAACCUCACCCACUACUUUCUUCGGGAGCAACCCAGCCUGCAACUUGACCUCCUUUUCCGCCUCUAUACCCGAACCCUCCCUUCAGGCGUGCGGUUCCAGUUCGCCAAUGACAGUGGUCGCUGCUCUCUUUGUGCAUCUGGAGAACUUGAGACCAUCCCUCACAUCUUCCUCACCUGUGGUAUUGCUCCAGCUGUUAUAUCCUCGCUUGGCUCGGCUGCUCGACGUCACCUCGGCUGUUCGCCCCCGGAUGAGCUUCUCCUUUUUCCUCUCCGUGAGAAAGUUGGACAAUCCGCUCCCUGGAGUCUUCUCGUCGGCGCGGCUGCCAAGGGAAUCUGGAAUGCACGGUGUGAAAGAAAGUUCCACGAGUCAUCUUCCACCAAGUUUGAAGCACUUCAAUUAAUCCUCGCUCAGUUCCUCCUUGCCUUCAAGAUCUUUCUAUGGAGAAGCGACGGGCCUCUCGCCCCCACUCGCCCCGAGAGUGCCGCUAGUGGCGCUCAGACCGACGGACCCGUCGCAUCCCCUUCGCUUCUCCGCGCGCUUCAUUCGACGGUUGAGUCCACUCAGCUUUCCGCCCCUCAUGCCUCCGCCCCUCAUCCCUCCGGCUCCGCCCCUCAUGUCUCGCGUUCCUUCUCAACUGCCGCGCUGUCGCCCCUCGCCGCGGGGUUGAGCACGAGCGCCGCCAGCAGCGUUCCCCUGCCCGUGCAGCACGGAGCGUCAACGAUGCGCGCCGCCGUGAUGCGCGAGGUGGGCGCGCCGCUGCGCGUGGAGCUGCUGCGCAUCCCGCGCCCCCAGGCGGGCGAGGUGCUCAUCAAGACGCGCGCGUGCGGCGUGUGCCACACGGACCUGCAUGUGAUGCGCGGGCACGUGGCGUUCCCCGCGCCCUGUGUGCUGGGCCACGAGGUCAGCGGGGAGGUCGUGGACCAUGGCGCUGGCACUGAUGCCGCCACCAUCGCCAGGCUGCCAGUGGGGUCACGAGUGGUGGCGGCCUUCAUCAUGCCCUGCGGCUCCUGCUUCUUCUGCACCCAUGGGCAGGAGGACAUAUGCUCCACCUUCUUUGCAUUCAACCGCCUGCACGGCACGCUCUACGAUGGCCACACACGCCUCUUCUCCGCCCACCCCUCUGGUGACCGCAUGCCUGCCUACCUGCCAGGGACGCUCCUCUUGUGCAUGGGCGGGCUGGCGGACUACUGUGUGGCGCCCGCCUCCGCCGUGGCGCCACUCCCCCCCGCGCUGCCGCUGCCCGAGGCGGCCGUCAUGGGGUGUGCGCUCUUCACUGCCUUCGGAGCGCUGCGCCACGCGGGGGACGUGCGGGCAGGCGACACCGUGGCGGUGGUGGGGGCGGGUGGCGUGGGCGGCAGCUGUGUGCAGGUGGCGCGCGCCAUGGGGGCCGCGAGCAUCGUAGCGGUGGACGUGGCGGAGGGCAAGCUGCAGCGCUGCCGUGCGCUGGGCGCCACCCACACCGUCAAUGCUGCCAAAGAGGACGUGGUGGAGGCCAUCAGGGUGGGUGCACCUUGCUGCUGUCUCACGGGUGGGGUAUAG